AUGAACGACAAGGCUACUGAUGGAAAACUAUGCCUAAAAGAAUUCCCUAAGUCGCUCACGGGCACGACGUUUACUUGGUAUGACAACCUAAAGGAGGAAAGCGUGGACUCCUGGCAAACUAUGUCUGCGCUCUUUCUCGGGAAGUUUUACUCAGCUAAAAGGAAGAUCACGGCGAUAGAUCUGAGCAAGAGCGGGCAACGAAUAAGUGAGGAAGUAGGAAAAUACAUUUCACGGUUCCGACGCUUGACAUUGUACUGCCAUGAAGAGAUUAAUGAGGAGGCGCUUGUUGAAAUAUGCAUACAAGGAAUGGCCCCAGCUUUUAGAGGGAGUUUAAUCAACUUCAGAUUCCAGACGUUCGUGGAGUUAGAAGAAGCAGCUGAGAGGAUCGCAGAUUGCAUAAAAGAGGCACCCAUAGAUUCUGUUUGGCGCACUACAGUCAGUACUGCGUCAGGAACCCCACGCAAUGUAAGACCUAAUAUUAGUAAGGAGAAUAAAGACCAACCCCCGAUCGAUGGCAGAAGCCGAGGGAGAAACAGAGGAAGUAGACGCGAUUAUAAAACACCACCUCUCAUUCCUUGCGACAAAGAACGCGCAAUUAGAUUCUUGAAUCAAUGGAUUUCCGAAGGAGAAAUUCAGUUACCCCCGACCACAGUGGAUAUCAACAAAAUGGAUAAAAACUCAGCCAAAUACUUCCACUAUCACCGAAGGAUGGGGCACCCAACGGAGGAAUGUUUUUCCAUUCGGAGCAUAUUUGAGCGUAAGCGGGCUGCUGGAGAACUCGAGACAACAAGACAAACGAUUACAUACGACCCGUUCCCUCGCCACUAA